AUGGGGUCCUUUGCCUGCAGCCUGGGCGACAUUGUCUUGUUAAAGGCAGAGGGUACUGGCGAGGCUUGGGUUGGCAUAAUAUGUGAUUUCUCAGAGGAUGAGGACGAUGACAAACUUGCGGAGUUCAUGUGGUUCUCAUCAGAGAGGGAGAUCCGCAACAAAAAGAAGAAACGGACGGAUUUUACUCCGAACGAGCUGUACAUCACGCCGUCAUGGGACACGAACCCGCUGGAGACUAUAAAUGGUAAAGCGAAGGUGAUGUCGCUCGAGGCAUUCCAGAAACUGUAUCCCCAAGGAAAGAUCCCGCGAAACUCGCGAGAUUACGGAAAAACAUUCGUUUGUCGUCGUGGCUGUAAUACAAGGACUGCAACGUACACAGAUGAGUUCACAUGGGAGGAUGUGUACCGCGGGGCAGAGGACAUCCAGGACCUGAUCAACUUGAUAAAAAGCGGAACCAAGGCCACGAGAAAAACAAGACUCUCAAGGCAAGAAUCCCCUGACGCUUUGUACGACGACGUUGAUCAAGCCGGCGAUGAGGAAUGGGGGACUCCAAGAAAAUUGGCGACACCGAGGAAGCCGCGCAGCUACCAGAGUACACCGAAGAAGUCAAAACCAACAACUCCUUCAUCCCACAGAAAAGUCGUCAUAAAAAAGCACCUGGAAUACACACCUUUGGCCACUCGAGUCCUCUCGCCAAGUCAUCACGCAUCCUCGCCGUUUCAAAUUGCCAGGGCCAAUCUGCACGUCGCCUCAGUGCCCACCAGUCUGCCCUGUCGAGAGUCAGAAUUCAGUCUUGUCUACUCGCAUCUCGAGGCCGCCAUCACAGAUGGCAUGGGAACUUGUAUUUACAUUUCUGGAACACCGGGAACUGGAAAGACUGCAACUGUCCGGGAGGUCGUCUCGCGACUUGAUGAGGCGGUGGGAUCCGAGGAGCUAGAUGACUUCAUCUUUGUUGAGAUCAAUGGUAUGAAGAUCACAGACCCGCACCAAGCUUACUCGCAGCUGUGGGAGGCGCUUAAGGGGCAACGGGUGAGCCCGGCACAGGCUCUCGAUCUCCUCGAAAGAGAGUUCAGCCACCCUAGUCCCCGUCGAGUACCAUGUGUUGUACUUAUGGAUGAACUAGACCAGCUGGUCACCAAAAACCAAGGCGUCAUGUACAACUUCUUCAACUGGCCCGGCCUGCGACACAGCCGGCUCAUUGUGCUGGCUGUGGCGAACACCAUGGACCUGCCGGAGAGAACCUUGAGCAACAAGAUCAGCAGUCGUCUGGGACUGACGCGGAUUACUUUCCCGGGCUACAAUCACGAACAGCUCAUGAAGAUCGUCCAGUCCCGCCUAGAGGGCGUGCCAGACAACAUUGUUGAGCCGGAUGCCGUGCAAUUCGCCAGCCGCAAGGUCGCGGCAGUGAGCGGCGAUGCUCGACGAGCGCUCGACAUCUGCAGGCGGGCCGUGGAGCUGGCCGAGGCAGAAGUCAAAGCUGCAGACCCGAUCACAAAUCCAGUCACGCCAAGCAAGAGGCAGAGAGAAAAGGAAGCCAAGGGCGAGACGCCCACAAGGAAGAAGAACCUUGGCAGGGUCACCAUCGAUACCGUGCGGAGAGCAAUCAACGAGGCGACGAGCAGUCCGCUGCAGCAGUAUCUUCGCGCGCUGCCAUUUGCCUCGAGGAUACUGCUAGCGGCGCUUCUGGCACGAACGCAGAGGACCGGCCUGGCAGAGAGUACAUACGGCGAUGUGUUGGAGGAGAUGCAGCGGUCCCUGCGCUUGGCUGCGGGAAAUCGAUCGCUGGACCUGCUCGAGAAGAAAGCACGUCUGGGCAGCAACACGAAUGGGGCCUGGGAGAGCAAGACGCGACAGGAUGCAAAGGCGGCCCGGUUAGCCGGCCUGGGAGCUGCAGCAGUAGACCUCACCGGGGCUGGCAUCAUCAAUCUGGAGGCACACAGGGCGGAGAGGCCGAGCAAGAUUCGACUUGCGGUAGGGGACGAAGAGGUACGAUUGGCCUUCCGAGAUGAUCCUGAUAUCAAGGCGAUGUGCCUCCUUGUUUAG